UUGGUAUAACCAAGCAACAUUCAAAUUCAUCUUACACUCUCUCUUCCAGAAAGAAUAUGGAUAAUGAAGAAACAAAACCAAUAAGAUUUGGAAUCCUUGGUUGUGCAGAAAUAACUCGCAAAGUUUCAAGAGCCAUAAACCUUUCACCAAAAGCAACUCUCUACGCAAUUGGGAGCCGUUCAUUAAAAAAAGCAACAAAAUUUGCAGCUUCAAACAACUUCCCUUCUCAUGCCAAAGUAUACGGCUCAUACAACGCCGUAUUAGACGAUCCAGACGUCGACGUUGUCUACAUUCCGCUUCCGACUAGCCUGCACCUUCAUUGGGCAGUUCUUGCUGCUCAGAAGAAGAAACACUUGUUGCUUCAUAAGCCAGUUGCUUUAAAUGUUGGUGAACUUGAUAAAAUUCUUCUUGUGAAUCUAAUGGAUUGCAAUAUAUGAAUCUACU